GGUCCGGAGGUUCGGCGGUGCGGUCCCCCUGCCGCGUUACUCUCCAGAGCCCGCUCCUUCUCGGCCGCGGCCCCUGACCCGAGCGCUGCGAGGCAAGCGGCGACAUGACGGACCGCUACACCAUCCACAGCCAGCUGGAGCACCUGCAGUCCAAGUACAUCGGCACGGGCCACGCCGACACCACCAAGUGGGAGUGGCUGGUGAACCAGCACCGCGACUCCUACUGCUCCUACAUGGGCCACUUCGACCUUCUCAACUACUUCGCCAUUGCGGAGAAUGAGAGCAAAGCUCGAGUGCGCUUCAACUUGAUGGAGAAGAUGCUGCAGCCGUGCGGCCCGCCGGCCGACAAGCCCGAGGAGAACUGAGAUCCGGCCGCGUCGGCGCCGUGCGGGAGAGCCGCGGUGCCGCCCCGCGUGCCUGCAGCUUGCCGGCGUUCCCGCGUGCCCCCGACCCGGUGGACCGGUUCUCCGCGGCCCCGGGCUCUCGUGCCGUCCCUGCGCAGAAGUGCUUCGUCCGGGGGUCUCUCCCGACCUGCCGUCACGUGGACCCUUGGAGCACAGCGCUGGGGAGAUGACCAGGACCCCUGAGAACUGUGACCGUGGCGACCCUAAAACACUGUCGUUGUUGAUUUUUCCAUAAAGUUUAGAAAAUUUUCAGUC